AACUUUUAGAUUAAUUUCAUAAUAAUACAAAGUACUAUAUAAGUCACCAUCAGGUUACAACUUGUAAAUAACAAAUAUCCCCAAAAGGUGCAUUAUUAUUAAAUAAUCUAAAAAUUGUCUUAUUUUUUACGGAUGACCAAAAGAUGGUCUUAUAUAUAACAAUUUUUCCAAAAAUUUAUUCUGCCUUUUCUUUUAUUUUGAAGUUGAAGCUUAGGAUUUCGAUAUAUCCAUUUAAAAAAAAAAAAAAAAGACCUAAACUAUUUGGGCCGUUGUACUCCGUAUCAGUUUUGCAACUGUCAGUUAAAAACCUUUUUCGCGCCACAUCUGGGAACGCUCAGUGUUCCUUGCACUCCUUCACUUACAAUUCACCCAGAAUACCCUAAUUCAAAAUUAUCAUUACUGUGAUUUUUCCAAAAAUCUUUGAAAUAUUUUCAAGAUUUUGAUCUGUUAGAGUAUAACUUUUCAAAUAAAUGUUCAAACUUUGAGCCCUAAACCACCAAAUUUAAUUUAAGUACUUUUAUUCAUGAUUAACCCUGGUUAAUCUGAAACUUCCCCACAUUCAUUUCAUGAAGUUAUCUCAAUAUACUAUUGGUAUGAUAGCUUCUUCUUUGUUGUUAUUUUGUUUCGCUACAUUCGUGCACACCAACUGUUCGAUGUUUGUUCUGUGAGAAUUCUGAAACCUGCUGUCAUUGUGUAUUUGUAAGAUCAUCCUAUCCUGAUUUGGGUUUUUAUCCAAUGUUCAGGAGGAGUUUAUUCAAAGUUCAGAAUCUGUUUUCUAGUGUAACCCAUCAAGCUCGCGGCUUUUCUUACAAACCUGUCUCUAAUCAAGUCAAUAGGUACUUCUGUCAGGCAAAACUCAUUGAUUCGAUACGUUUAAGUCUCCGGUCUGGAUCAUCUGAUUUGCUUCUUCCUUUGUUAGAUAAUCCGAAUUUGGAUUCGUUUGUAGUUUCGAAUGCCCUCCGUUCUGCCCCUUCCCCUGAAUCUGCUCUGUCUUUUGUUGAAGCCCUUAAAAAGGUGCCUAAUUUUUCUCAUACCCAACAUACUCUUCAUGCAAUUGCUAAAAUUCUAGCUAAAUCAAGUCGUACUCGUCAGCUGAAAAAGCUUGUUGAUGCAAUCAAUGCUGGCGAAUUCCCAAAGGUUCGACCUGUUAGUUAUGUGGACCAAAUGAGAUGGUAUGCUAUUGCAGGAGAUAUUGACUUGGUACUUUGUGUCUGGGAUGAACUUCGUGCUCAACGUAAAGGACCAUGUAUUGAAUCUUACAACAUAGUCAUGGGACUCUAUGUCGUAAUGGGAAAGGACUUGGAAGCUGUUCAGACAUUUUGUAGCAUAAUGCGAGAAGGAGCUAUCCCCAACUCACGGACAUUUACUAUCAUUAUUGAGCAUCUUGUAAACUCUGGGAAAGUAGAAAAGGCAAAGGAAGUUUUUUAUAAACUGCCACAAAUGAGAGUUAAGCGUACCUUAAGGCAGUAUUCACUUCUUAUAGAGGCAUUCAUGAAUAUCCAACAGUACUAUGCUGUGAAAAGCCUUCUUAGAGAAAUGAAGACGGAAGGUAUACUACCUCCAAGAUCUAUGUUGUCAUUAUUGCAACAUAUGGGUGAAGCAGAAGUAUUGGAAGAGUGUGAUGAAUUUAUUAAAGAGAUGGUACCUGAUAGUCGAAUUAAGAACAUAGAGUUAUGUGCUGCUAAUCACAAUAGUGGUGACCUUGAGGAAGAUGUUGAUGAUUGCAGCAGUGAAUCUGACAUUGUAAAUGUUCAGUUGAAGCCAUGGCUGGACCCGAUUGCUUUGGCUAGUGCCUUAAGGGACUGGACAGAGGCUGACAAAUCUGCUUUAGAAGAUGCUAAACUUGUGUGGACAAGCCGCUUGGUUUGCAAGAUGGUUAGGCACUUCAAAUCACCUGAAACAGCAUGGCAAUUUUUCUGUUGGGUUGCUCAUCAACCUGGAUUCAUUCAUGAUGUUCACACUUAUUCAGGGAUGAUCACAAAAUUAGCAAGCCAUGGGAGGGUUGAUCUUGUUCAUGAUAUAUUGUUAAAACUGAUGGAUGAAGGACUUAAGUUGACACUCAGCACCAUAAGACAGAUUAUUGAUUUCUAUGGUCUUCACAAGGAAGGAGAUGCUGCUUUAAGGAUAUUCCAUUAUGUUAAAUUGCUAUGCGGUCACUUCUCCAAAUUUGAUAUGGUGCUUUUAUAUUCCUCUCUGUUACGCACACUGCUCAAGUGUGGGAGGGAUGGCGAUACCAUAGACACUGUCAAGCAGAUGUACGCUUUGGAAAUUUACCCUGAUGCGCAGACAUUUUCUGGAUUGAUGCAUCAUUUUGCAGUUCGGGGUGAUUUCAGAACGGUCCAGAAACUAUUUGAGAUGGUAAAACAGUGUGGUGUAGAGCCAGAUGCUUACAUGUAUAAGACACUUGUCCGUGCUUACUGUAAGUAUGGUAGGGCUACUCUUGCACUGAGACUCUUAGAAGACAUGAACAACUCUGGUUUGGUUCCUGAUGGUGAGACAAAGUCAUUGCUUGUCAAAGGUCUUUGGAAGGAAGGAAGACUAAGAGAAGCUUCUAUAGUUGAAGAGACUUGUGAGAAACAAGAUGACAUCCUUCCACUUCCUUCCGCUGUUCAGAUGUUCAAUAUCUGCUCUGGAGAUCUUAUACAUGUACACAAGCUAUAUAGUAGCAGCUUUCAAGGCUCUAUUGGCUAGUGUUGUUCAGUGAGAAUCAUAUGUAUUUUUCGGUCAAUUUCAACUGAUUUGAAAUGAAGCACCAUGAUUUAUGUGCAGCUUCUCCCUGGAUUUGAAGGUUAUAAUUCUGAUACCUCAUUUUUUUAUCCUUCUGAAUCUUGUGCCUGUUGACUGUAUUUCACUCAAUUUCUGAACUAUGUUGUCUUGCUUGAUUCAGAAUUUUACUUCUUACAAUUGAUGAUAAUUUGAGCGACUCAUCUUCUAUGGCAUUUUAUAACAUGAUAAUGUAAAAUUCUCACAAUUUUUCAAAUCUUUAUUUCAAAAGAGAAAUAG